CAUCACACAAUCUGACGAGGAAAUUGCCAGGGAAAGCUUACCAGGAAGCUCAUCAAAAGCAGCAAUCUAUCCUGUCCCAAAGCUAGCAGCUGCCCCAGAAAAUUUACCAGGAGAUUGCAGGAGACUAGAGAGCGCCACUCCCAAUGGGGAGUAGGAGCAGAGGAGGGAGACACCUCCUCCUCCUCCUCCUGCUUCACCUCCUCUCCCUCCAUUCCUCUCUGCUACCAUGGGCGGCGGUGUCGGCGGCGGGAGGGGGUGGUUCCGGAGACCCGUACGUCGGCGUGACGAUCGGGACGGCGGUGACGAACCUGCUGUCGCCGUCGGACCUCCCCGAGUUCCUCCGCGCGCAGCGCAUCACCCACGUGCGCCUCUACGACGCCGACCCGCGCAUGCUGUCGGCGCUAGCGUCGUCGGGCGCCCGCGCCAUCGUCGGCGUCCCCAACGACGAGCUCCUCGCGCUGGGCUCCUCCCCGGCCACCGCCUCCGCCUGGGUCGCCCGCCGCGUGCUCCCCUACGCCGGCGCCAACUCCAGCACCCCGGGGCUCAUCGCCGCCAUCGCCGUCGGCGACGAGGUCCCCACCGCGCUCCCCUCCGCGCUCCCCGUGCUCCUCCCGGCCAUCCAGUCCCUCGCUGCCGCGCUCGCCGCCGCCAACCUCUCCUCCAUCCCGGUCUCCACACCGCUCCCCUUCUCCGUCGUCCUCGACCCGUUCCCACCCUCCCAGGCCUUCUUCAACCAGUCGCUGGCCAAGUCGUUCAUUCUCCCGCUCCUCUCCCACCUCGCCAACACCUCGGCGCCGCUCAUGCUCAACCUCUACCCGUACUACUCCAUGAUGCAGAGCAACGGCGUGAUCCCGCUCGACAACGCGCUGUUCAAGCCGCUCCCGCCGUCGCUGGAGAUGGUCGACCCCAACACGCUGCUCCACUACACCAACGUGUUCGACGCGAUGCUCGACGCGGUGCACGUCGCCGUGAAGAACCUCAACGCGACCGGCGGCGGCGGGCCGGUGCCGGUGCUGGUCACGGAGACCGGGUGGCCGUCGUACGGGGACCGCAGGGCGGAGCCGUACGCCACGCGGGACAACGCCGACGCCUACAACUCCAACCUCAUCAAGCACGUCAACGACAAGCCCGGCACGCCGAUGCGCCCCGGCGCGCAGGCCAGCGUCUACAUCUACGAGCUCUUCAACGAGGACCUCCGCCCGGGCCCGGUCUCGGAGGCGAACUGGGGACUCUUCCACGGCAACGGCACGCCGGUGUACCUGCUCCACGUGUCCGGCGCCGGCGGCUUCCUGGCCAACGACACGACGGACCGGACGUUCUGCAUCGCGUCCGACGACGCCGACGAGAAGGCGGUGCAGGCGGCCAUGGACUGGGCGUGCGGCCCCGGGCGCACCGACUGCACGGCGAUCCAGCCAGGGCAAGGCUGCUACGAGCCCAACGAUGUGCGGAGCCACGCCUCCUUCGCAUUCGACAGCUACUACCAGUCGCAGGGCAAGGCCGCUGGCUCCUGCUACUUCCAGGGCGUCGGCAUGGUCACCACCACUGAUCCCAGUCACGAUAGCUGCAUCUUUCCAGGAAGCAAGCUGUUGAGCAACGUCACCAAAUCUGACGGGGCAAACACAACCACUGCGCAGACGAGUGAUGCAGAGGGCUCUGCAAUAUGGAGGCUAAGAACUGGAAGGGAGACAGGGUUCUUGUUCAUCCUCCGGUGGUUGUUGAGCUUGUCAGUGGUGCUUAUCACGACGAAUUCAAACUUUUGGACAUGACAAGAGCAUGUAGAUUGUAACAAAAAUGGAAUUUUUGGGAUGACACUUUAGAGGAGCAGGCAGGGGCUGUAUGUUUAGUGAUUCUUUAUUGUUAGAUAAGCGUCAAUAAAUCAUUCUUCUUUUCUAGAUAAAGAUGUGCAUGAUCUGCUAAAAUUCCUCAACGUCUUCAUAAUUCACCCAGGGUAUGAAGUAUACCUGCUAGAAUCGGUGGGCUAUGGCCGGCUCCACCAGACAAACUCCUUUCAGCUCACAUAAGAAGUUUAGAACACACAAGAUAAGAAAUCAGAUCUCCUGGAACAUAUGAUUUUUCAUGUUCUCUAGGAAAUUAUAA